AUGUCGGUGACACUACCAGAACGGGCCGUUGAAGAGGUCCUGGAAUACAACUUUCAACAGAAUUGUAUCUAUUAUGCUUGUGUUGCUCUCCUUAUUGAUCAUGUUGCCCUGAACGAUGAACAACGUCUGUGGGGGCGAAGGUCUAUUGCCACACUACUCUCUGCCAUCAACUGGCUUGCUAUCACUGGCACUAUCAUUACAUUCAUGCUCCUUCAGCAAAAUACUACACAAGUAGGAAGCAUAUAUCUCAUUAUUCAUCCGACAAGAUGUGUAUCUAUCGGCUAUGUCUAUGUAUUGGUAUUCCUCGUCAAUUCUGCCAUAUCUCCAUUGGUAGCUGCCCUGCGUGUACAUGCUGUGUCCGGGCGCAACUGGCGCUGGGUAUUGCCGGUCUGGCUCCUUGGUAUGGUGCCCGUUGGCACUAACAUAUGGCUCACGACUCAAGAGACAUGGCUUGUGAUUCCUCAAAUUGGGUGUAUGAGCAGUACAUCGAUGUUCAAAGCAUAUUCUAACAUGUAUUUGCCUUCUCCCAUAUGUACAGACACUUCUGUUGAUGUUGCUCCUGAUGUAGUGGCGAUCAUCACUCGUGUGUCUGUGGUUGUCUCGGACAUCCUCGUAGUUGCAGCAACCUGGUACUACAUCAUCCGUACAAGCUCUGUGAGAACACAGCUGGUACGUGAUAUGUGGAGCGCAAAGCCUAAUCUCACGACCGUCAUGCUCCGAGAUGAAGGAAAGUAUGUAUUCGCCGACGAUGACAUUCAUUUGAUGACCAGAAUCAUGUCUCUGCUCAACAUUGGCGACCUCGUCGUGUCCAUUAUCACCAUCAGUAUUUGUUCCUGCUACAUACUAGAUAUAACAAAUGUGAUCACAGCGAUGUCGAGCAUCUUAAUCUCCCGCUUCCUCAUCUGCAUCCGCGAAGCUGCAGAACGCUCAACACAGGCUUUCGGCUCCCAAUCUCUAUCCUUCGUCGAUUCGCAAGGAAGCGCUCCCCCCCAACCCUGGCUCUCUAGUGUAGAGUUUGCUUCAGACAUUGCCAACCGCUCAGCAGAGGAUGGCCAUGCGGAUGAUUUCCCCGAUCUCGAUGACAACGAUGAUAAUUUGGACUCAGGAGCCGAAGAAGAAGCACAGAUAGCCGAAGAAGAGAUUGAAAUGGAUGAGUAG